UAAUGAUUGUUAAAGGGUUGAUUAGUUGAUUGUUUGAAUGAAAUAAAAAUAAAAGCAGAAUAAUUUUGUCCAACUUAAUCUAAUUGCAAAAGUAUUCCAAGUAAACUUAACAUCAAUUGUAAUUGAAAAUGUCUCGAUCCAUGUUAAUUUGUGUUUUCAUUUGUCUUCUCAUGGUUGUUGAUUUUAUCUCAUCAACUCCUGUAAGUGAUGAGGAUGCUUUAACUACACAUGAACAACAACAACAUCAUCAUCAAGAUGCUUCAUCUCACCUUCGUAUGAAAAGAUGGGUUUGUAACAAUUUAACUGGUGAUUUCUUGUGUGCUGGUUGGCCUGGUGCUUGGAGGUGUCAUUGUGGUGCCAAUUGUAUCAAAGGCGCUUGUACCUGUAAACAUUGUUAAAUCGCAAGUUCAUGACAAUGAGCCAAUCAAAAUCAGAGAUCAAAAGCUAAAUUCAAUUACCCUCAGGCUAAAUCAACUUCUAUACACGAUUAUUAUUAUUAUUUUGACAAAUUAUUGAUUAUUUUUUUUAUCAUAUUAUUAUUAUUGUGAUAAUUGGAGCAAUAAAAUUUUCAAUGAUGAAAAAAAAAAUUUAGUUGAAAUCUGAAAGUCAAACUUUGACCUCUAAAAUGUUUUAAUGUCAAUAUUUUGAUAACUGGUCCAUAAUUUAACAGCAUUGAGCUUGAAAUUUGAUGCUUGUUUUUUUUUUGAUUGUUAUCAUUAUCAACUAAAAAUAACAUUGAUUCUUAAUGGAAUCAUUUCAACCCAAGUCUGUAUUUCAUUAACAGUUAAAUAAGCUCAAGUUUAAAAUUAGUCAACUUUAUGUAAACAGUUGAGUUUACAGUUAUCUUUUUCCUUCUUUGCUUUCUGUUUCUCUUUAUAAUUAAUUUGAUUGUUCAAGCUGAUAAAAAGGUUACCAUGGGUUCAUUGAAUUAUUGGCAAGGAUAACAUGAUGAUGAUCAACAGCAACAUCAAUACCUAAUAAUACUACCAUCCAGUUCUGAUUGAUUGUUACAGGAUAACAGACAAUGUUUACUUUAUUGAAAAUUUAGAUUAACUAUUAAUUAACCUAUUAGAUGUUGACCAAAUGGUUAGUUUAAUAAUAAUAGUUAGCUAAUUGUAACUUAAAUUAAUGGAGAAUUAGUAAUUCUCAAAGUAACUCCUGCCAUCUAUAAUUUGAUUUACAAACGAAAAGUUCAUAGUAGAAAUCAAAUUGAUUUCUAGUCUAGCUCAUGUCCUCUUUUUUGUAAUUAACUCAUCAAGGGAAAUGACGAACCAUUAAAUUUAAUAUUAUAAACAAGACCUUAAAGGUGACGAUUAGUUAAUUGAUUUGAAGCAUUUAAACGUUGAUUGUCCGAUCGAUGAAUGAACUUGAUUUCCAAUUUCUUCAAGCAUAAUCCAAUUUCUGGACAAUGGUCAAGUUGAGGAAAGUUUCAGUUUAACCUUAGAUACUCAGGUUAACUCUUCAUGAUAUCAUGAAGUGGCUUAAUUAGCCUUCAGAUUUUUAUUCAUGUUUAUGAUGAUGAUAGUAAUUCAAUCAGCUGAUGAGCUUUGCUACUCAAUACCAAUAUUGCUUAACUUUUGUUAUUCAAAUUGAUUACCAAUUAAGAUAUAAAAGAAACUAAUUUAAUUAAUGUAAUCACCUGGUUGAUAAUUAUCUGUUUACAUUAAUAUAGUUGUAAAUACUUUGUCAGUGUUUAAUUUUGAUUGUUUUACUUGUUACUUGGUUGAUUAACUUGCUCCGUUGAAUAUCAUUAACCAAUACAAGCUUUAUUAUUGCUGCUAUAUGCCGGUUAUUAAUAAUUAAUUGAUCAUGAUAAUGAUAAUGUCAAUAAUAUUUCCAUUUAUCAGUCAUAAUUAUCAUCAGUUAGGUGAAUGAAUUUUCAUUAACAUGAGAGACACUUAAUUAAAUUCUGAAUGGUGUUUCCAUCUAUCGAUGAGUUUAACAAAUAAAUUUAUCGAUUCAUUUUCUCUGUUUCAACUCAGUGAAUGUUGUGUUUUCUUUUGGUUCAUGAUAAGUGAAUAUUUUUUUUUACUACCAUCAAAGUGAAUCAGAUUAGAUUAUAAUCCAAGCUAAUCAUUGUUUCAAUGUUUAAUCAAAUGAUCAUCGAUUAAGUUUAAUCAAAGAAACUUUAAGUUGUAGCUCGUAAUCGUAAUCGAUGAAUGUGCUUUAGUUAAUUUUUGAUUCUCUGAACAAAUUGAGAUUGUAACUGUGUCAAUGUGCUGGAAAAAUAUUCUAAUGAUUAAAAUCUCUAAGAAUUUCUUUCAAAUUUAAAUAGUGAUUCAUGAUUACUGAUGAACAUCCGAAACUCUGAAAGUUAUCUUCAUCACAAUGAACCAUUUUCCUUGUGUUCUAAUCAAGAAUCUUUAUUCAUUUACUACAAUCAAGUGAUACUUUAUUUCUGUUGCUAUUAAUGUUCAUAUUUGGGUGAAACUUUAUGAUAAAAGAUGAGAUUGUUUUUCAUUCAGAUUUUAAAUAAUUUCAAAGAGAAGAGAAAAAAAUUGUCAAUGAUAAGUGAAAGUUUUUUCAAUAAUAAUCAUCACCUUCAAUUGAGAAGAUGUUCCGUUAUCAGAAUUCUUGGUGCCUCUUAUUAUUGACCUUUGCGAGUAUCAUUUUACUUGGAAUUUGGGUUGAUUCAAGUCGAUGGUCCCGAUGGAAAGUUUAUAAUCUCAUCAAUUCCGGUUUAUCAGCUGAUGGUCAUUUUGAACCUUUGUUGAGUAGAUUUGGUUCAGCUCAAUCAGCUAAUUAUCGUUCUAAAUCAUCACUUUCAUUUAAAUACUCAUCAUCUGAGCUUAAUUUUUUAACAUGGUCUCCAAAAGAUAAGCCUUGGUUCAUGGUUAACGGUUCUUUAAUCCCUAAUCCAAACGAGAUUACUUUCUCAAGAUUAUCUCUUCUACCUGAAGAUGAUGAACCCUGGAACGAUAGGAUAAUUAAUCAAUUAAUGUAUAUACCGCAAGGUUAUCAAAGUGAUCAAUUGAAAAAAGAUGACCUGAAAAAGAUAUUAUUACACUUUGAUAAAAGUUCUUGGGGUCAAGAGUUACCCAUUGGUCAAGAUAUUUUCCUUCAAGACUUGUGUCCAGUCAAUACUUGUGAAAUAACAUUUGAUAAUAGACAAGCCUCAACCGCUGAUGCCAUUUUAUUCAAGGAUCAUUAUGAAAAACCUAAACACCAGAAACCUGAUAAUCAAAUUUGGAUUCUCUAUGUCCUUGAAUGUCCACUACACACUCCACCCUUUAGGGGUCUCAAUGAGAUGAUUAACUGGACAGCAACAUAUCGACAUGACUCGGACAUUGUUGCCCCAUAUGAGAAAUUUGUUUACUAUGAUCCCGAAGUUAAGACUAAACUACAAUCAAUCAAUUAUGCUCAAGGGAAAACCAAAAAAGUCGCUUGGUUUGUUUCAAAUUGUUCAGCACGAAAUAAGAGGCUCGAGUAUGCGAAAGAGUUAUCGAAGUACAUUGAUGUCGAUAUAUUUGGAAGGUGUGGUAAACUUUCAUGUUCCAGGAAAAAUGCUGAUGAAUGUUUCGAGAUGCUCGAUAAAGAUUAUAAGUUUUAUCUUUCCUUUGAGAAUUCAAAUUGUCGCGAUUAUAUAACUGAAAAAUUUUACUCCAAUGGUUUAAAUCGUAAAAUUAUACCAAUUACAAUGGGUGCUCAUCCAGAAGAUUAUAAACGUUCAUCUCCCGCCAAUUCUUAUAUUCAUGUUAACGAUUUUUCAUCGCCCAAAGAUCUUGCCUCUUACCUAUUGAAAUUGGACGCAAAUGAUACUCUUUAUAAUCAGUAUUUCUCAUGGAAAGGAACUGGAGAGUUUAUCAAUACAUAUUUCUGGUGUCGAUUAUGUUCCAUGUUACAUGGACCCGUCAAGCCAAAGUUGUACGAAAAUCUUGCUGAUUGGUGGUAUUCACCGUCCAUUUGCAGUGCUGAUGAUUGGCUCUAAUUUACACGAAACAAAAAAAAACAAUUCUUGUUAUUACCAAACUAGUUACAGUAAAGAGAACUGAAUUAAUUUAUACUUCGUUGUAUACUCAUCGUGAUGAAAAUACAGUUCCAAUAUUGUCUUCACAAAGAA